UCCCCCUGCGGUCGUCGGAACGAUGGACAGUAGCUCGAAUUUCCGGAUGCAUGGCGCGGACGAUAAAAACGAGGAGGAGGAGGAGGAGGAAGAAGAAGAAGAAGAAGAUGAGUGGGAAGACGACGAAGAAGAGGAGGAGGAGGAAGAGGCCGAGUCGCCACCCCGCCGCCGCCGCCGUCCUUUUCCCCUUAAAUCUCAGUCUUCAGUCAAAGAAAGCAGCCGGCCGUUGGCUGAAUCCGAAAUUCUCGAAGCCGAAUCGCUGCUCGAAGCCGAAGUCAAAGCUCCCAUCAUCGUUGGUCCUUUAUAUUUAUCCUGGACCCCCGAGGAGGUGGCUGAAUGGAUCGGCGGUUUGGGCUUCCCUCAAUACAAGGAGUGUUUUACCACAAACUUUAUCUCAGGACGCAAACUCAUAUAUGUAAAUUGUUCAAAUCUGCCACAGCUUGGGAUUACUGACUUUGAUCAUAUGAAGGAAAUUUCAAUGCAUGUACGAGAAUUGCUGCAAAUUGAGGAGCCCCGUUUUGAAAGAAGUAUCUCUCUCCCGCCUCGAGAUAAUAUGGGAUUGUUCUUAGAACAAAAGUCUCGAACUGGAAAGCGCAGUGAUGCUCUUAGUUAUUCUCAGUUUGUUCAAGAAGCAAGGUUACAAGAUUAUGAACCAACGCUUCCAACCCCACCAUAUGAAGAAAUGCAGCCUUCAACUCCAUCAUAUGAAGUUGAAUCAAUUACACCAUAUGAAGAACUACAACAAACAAGUUCAUUUUUCUCAAAAUAAUAUAAAGUGUUUAUUGUUCACAUAUUUCAGAUACUAUAUUGUAAAUAUUUCUGCAUUUCUAUAUCAGUUUUCACAGGGAACAAAAUUGUAUAUGGAUGGUGUUUAACCAGUAUCCUAAUCCUAAACUUGGUAUCUAGAGAAAGUGCUUACUGAUGGAUGCAAAACAGAAAUUUUUGCACAUACAUAAUGCAAAAUAAAGUUAUAUGUGAAUGCAGAGGAUUGUUCUUACUGGCAUUUAUGAUGAAGCCUUACCAUUUUUCCUGUGAGGACUCUUAUAAGAAUAUAUGGGGCUUCAAGACAGCUGCCAUACAUUAAUGAGUUGCUUUAAAUAUUUAGGAUCAUUUGACAGCAUCCCUUAGAAAAACACUAAAGUCACA